UCUCCUUGCUCUGAGAAUUUUUCAUUUAAACCAGCACAGGAAGAAAGAGAAGAAACAAAACAUCAAAACCAGCUAUGGAGUUGAUUCCUUUCUCUCCUUCCUAUUCUACAACUCUUCUAGCAUCCUUCAAAACAGUUGCCUAGUAUUAAUGAGUUUCAAGGCCUGUUGUUUGUUUUUAUACUAAUCCAAAAGCUCUCUACCAUCCUACCAAUCUCUUAGUACUCUCUUUUGGAAUCUUUGGAUAAGAUUUAUGCUGAGCUGCAGUUCUGACUAAAAAUUGCUUGUGGGGUUCUUCUAGAAUCUUUUAGAUUUAUAAGGGUCGGCCAAGAGAAACAAUUCAGCAAGAAAAGAAAGAUGGCUGCAUCUUCUUCUUCACUUUUCGGAAUUAGAGAAGAAGAGCAAAACAUGAUGAAGCUACAGCAGCAUUCCAGCUGCACACCAACAUCAUCCACAGCCGCCGCGCCUCCAGCACCGCCACCGCAGAAGAAGAGGAGAAACCAACCUGGAACACCAAAUCCAGAAGCGGAAGUGAUAGCACUAUCUCCCAAGACCCUAAUGGCAACAAACAGGUUCAUAUGUGAGGUAUGCAACAAAGGGUUCCAAAGGGAGCAGAACCUACAGCUCCACAGAAGAGGACACAACCUGCCUUGGAAGCUAAAGCAGAAGACUACAAAAGAACCCAAACGCAAGGUCUACCUGUGCCCCGAGCCCACCUGCGUCCACCAUGACCCUUCUCGCGCCCUCGGUGAUCUCACCGGAAUCAAAAAGCACUUCUACAGAAAGCACGGGGAGAAGAAGUGGAAAUGUGAGAAGUGCUCCAAGCGAUACGCGGUUCAGUCCGACUGGAAGGCGCAUUCUAAGACUUGCGGUACUCGGGAGUACCGCUGUGACUGCGGUACUCUUUUCUCCAGGAGGGACAGUUUUAUCACUCAUAGGGCCUUCUGUGAUGCACUGGCUCAGGAAAGUGCAAGACAUCAACCCAUAGGCAGCAACUUAUAUGGAGGUACUAGCAACACUGGCCUAGCCUUAUCUCAUCAUCACCAUCAACAAGAAGUUGUGGGCCCUAACAUUGAUCACCAUCAUCACCCCAACAACCACUCAGCGGCUGCCGACAUCCUACGACUCGGCGGCGGCGGCAAUGCCCGGACCGGACAGUUCGAUCAUCUCCUUUCUCCUCCUUCAAUGGGAUCGUCGUUUCGUCCGCCCCAAUCUUCGGGACCCUUCUUCAUUAAUCAAGACCAGUCUAGCCAGCAAUACCAUCACGAUCAAGAACAGCUUCAGAGCAAACAAUUCCAUGGACUCAUGCAAUUUUCUGAUCAUCAGAACAACAACUCUUCCUCAGGAGGCAAUAUGUUCAACCUACCUUUCUUAACAAACAGCAGCAAUAGCCACAACAGAAACAGUGCCAGUGGUGCUAGCAAUACUAAUCUACUACUUCAUCCAGAUCACCAAUACAACAAUAAUGGCGGUGGAGCUGGAGGCGAAGGUGGGUCGAGUCUCUUCUCUAGUCACAUGAUGGGAGGAGGCGGUGGUGAUCACAUAAGCUCCGGCAAUGUUCCUUCACUUUACAGUUCUCAAGUACAAAACAACCAUCAGGCAGCAGGUGCAGCCGUCUCUCACAUGUCCGCCACCGCGCUGCUUCAGAAAGCGGCUCAAAUGGGGUCAAGUACUUCGAGCAACAACACUUCUGCCUCGCUCCUAAGAAGCUUCGGCAGCACUUCCUCGACAAAAUCUGAACGCCCCACAGCCGCGGCAGCCUCCCUUGUUCCCGCCAAUUUAGGCGGCAUUUUUGGUGGUGACAGUGAAAACGAAAACAACCUCCAAGACCUGAUGAACUCUUUCGCUGCUGGAGGGAGCUCCUCCAUUUUCGGAACCGGGUCAUUUGGCAGUGGUUUUCAUGACGUUGGACGUAGGGGGGAGCCGAAGUUGCCGGCGGUGAGCAUCGGACCCGCGUCUGAUAGGUUAACUAGGGAUUUUCUCGGCGUUGGUCAGAUUGUUAGGAGCAUGAGCGGUGGCCAGCAACAAACUCAGAUCGAGCAUAUGAGCUCCUUGGAUUCAGAGAGCAAUGCUGCACCGUCAACCCAAUCUUUUGGAGGAAGUGGGAAUUUUCAGUGAACAAAAAUACUGUGUGAGAUCAGGGAAUUUGGCUAGUUUCAGUGAAGCCGGCUUAUCCAAAUGUUUAUCUCUGCAUUCGAUCUGGAUUAAGUUGGGUGCCAUGAAGGGAAUGAGGUUCUUCGGCGUGCUGUAUAUUUCGUGUUCUUAUUCUUGUUCUUGUUUCUAUUUUCUUUCUUUUUGAAACCUCAUCAAGUGUUUAGGGCCGGGGGACUAAUUUUCAGAC